GCCAUAGAAGAAGAAGAAGAAAAAGCGGAUCGAGCUGAGGAAUAACGGCCUGACGCAGUUCGUGGGUGUCCGUCUGAAUUAGCGCUUCAUACCGUGAAGUAAUGGUUAACUGUGACGGACUUUGGAUGCUGCCGAGCAGAACUUCCACGCUGCUGUACAAGGUCGGUGUUUUGAGCGCAGAUAUCAGGUAGUGAAGCGUCGCUCUGUCACUUUUAUCCCGUCGACCGGAAUGCAACGGCCGCCGAGCCGCUCCUCCGCUUAGCUUCCUCUAGGAUGAGCUCCGUUUGCUGACGGACCAGCGCUGUGUUUUAAACGCCUUUUAAUCAUCGUAAAGUCAUGGCGAACGUCUUUCUGAAGACGUUCGUACAGAUGUGUAAUUAUCUCCAGGACCCCUGCCUUGUAGCGAGGUUCCAGCACUUCUGCGGCAUCAGAGGGACAUUCCCGGACAGAGCGGCCAAGCCGGAGCCGGACAGCGGACCCUCGGAGCUGCGGAGGAGGCUCCAGAGCUCGGAGGCUGGAGUCGGGAACGGAGCAGCCGGAGUUGCCGCCGCACCGCAGGUUAACGGGAUGCAGGGCGACGACCCCGUCAGGCCCGGCGCUCCAUCAGACACCGCCAGAGCCAAACCCCUCCGCAGGAACUCCCUGACCGGGGACGUGGGUCAGGAGUUCCUGGUCCACAACAAGUUCCUCUUCUACCUGUUCACGUUCGGGACUGAGCUGGGCAACGAGAUGUUCUUCAUCAUCUUCUUCCCCUUCGUCUUCUGGAACAUCGACGCCCUGGUCAGCCGCAGACUCAUCGUGGUGUGGGCCUGGAACCUGUUCGUGGGUCAGUCCACCAAGGACAUGGUGCGCUGGUCCCGGCCGGCCUCCCCCCCUGUGGUGAAGGUGGAGGUCUUCUACAACUCCGAGUACAGCAUGCCCUCCACCCACGCCAUGACGGGCACCGCCAUCCCCUUCUGUCUGUUCAUGCUGACCUACGGACGGUGGCAGUACCCUUUCCUCUUGGGCUUUAGCGUGGCUCUCAGCUGGAGUGUCCUGGUCUGUGUCAGCCGAGUCUACAUGGGAAUGCAUUCUGUUCUGGAGGUGAUCACCGGCUUCCUGUACACCCUCCUCAUUCUCGCCUUCUUCCAGCCAGUUCUGGAUAAGAUCGACAACUACUACAUGACGGACCACUACGCCCCGCUAGUGAUUAUCGUGUCACAUGUGAGCCUGGGACUCGUGGCUUUCUCUCUGGAUUCUUGGAGCACCUCCCGAGGCGACACGGCUCAGGCUCUGGGCACCGGGGCUGGAGCCGCUCUGGCCACCCAUGUGAACUAUCAGCUGGGGCUGCUGCUGGACGCACCGCUGUCCUCGCUUCCUCUGACGUUACCCCCGCUGGACGUCGGCAUGGUGCUGCGCUCCCUGCUGCGCUUCUUCAUUGGGGUUGCCGUCAUCCUCGUCACAAGAAUGGUCAUGAAAGCGACGACUAUUCCGUUCCUGUGCCGACUGUUCGGGCUGCCCUCGGACGACGUGAGGCAGGCGAGGCAGCACAUGAGAGUAGAGUUGCCGUACCGUUACAUUGUCUACAGUGUUGUGGGUUUUGUUUGUGUCAGCUUUGUGCCUCUCCUCUUUAGGAUCUUAAACCUCGCCUAAGUGUUGUGUGCAAAACUGUCAUGUCCCGCUGACAUGUAAACCGAUGUGGUGAACGCCGACGGCGCUCGGAAACACGCUGCUUGUUUUGACACAAGAUGAAGGCUCAGUUUCUGCAUGAUAGAAGCUGUUUUAAAGGAUAAAUCCGAUGAUAUUAUACAUUUUUCAAGUCAGUAAAUCCCAUCAGAAGACCAAAUCCAACAAUGAACUGAUCUUAACCCUCCUGUUGUCCUUAUUUACGGGCACCAAAAAAUAUUGUUUCCUUGUCUGAAAAAAAUCCCAAAAUUCUGCAAAAAAACCCCCAAAUUUCUGAAAAUUUGCAAAACCUUCAGGAAGAAAAUUCCAAUAAUUCCUUAAAAGUUUCCCUUAAAAGUUUUAUUUUUAAAAAAUCCCCCAAAUUUGGCAAGAAAGUUCUCGUAAAUAUUUUCAAAAAAUGAGUAAAAAUCUUUCAAAAAAAUCCUAAAAAUAUCUGAAGUGAUUACAUAUAUAUCAGUAAAACUUCUAAUAUUUUAUUUAAGAACAUUCACAUAAAAAUCAACCAAAAUCCAGCGAAUUUACGUUUCUUUUUUCCACCAAAAAAUGUUCAAAGAUUUCCCAAAAAUGUUGAAAAUGUCGACAUCAGACAUUUCACUGUGAAAAUAUAUAUUUUUUUAAAUUAUUUUUGUCAAUUUUGAUCCGCAGGACAACACGAGGGUUAAUUAUUGUUUCUGCUGCCAAAGCCUGAUGUAGCUUAUCCAAAAGCUAUUAAAAAACACAUAAAUGAGCAGCACUGGGUCAUGAGAAGUCUAAUUUAUUUCAGCCAAAUCCUACAUAUGCAGUAGUGCUGCUAUGAAUACAUCACAAGUGUUUAGUAUGUUUUAAUCUGUGGCUAAAAAUAGUCCAAUCACUCUUUUUGAUAAAACUACAGUGCCCACCUGUUUUUAGAAACCUGUUUUCUUUUUAUAAAUAAAUAAAAGUAUUUAUUUGUGUCCAGUUUUGAAGAUCUGACAGCAUAAAGCAGAGAGCCGGAGGUUGGAGAAGUAUUAAGACAGAUCAUGACAUUGUCGGUUUUGGCCUUUUCAUGGGAUUUGUUGACCAAACACAUCGAAUAUCGCCUGCCUUAUCUUUUAAGAUCCACCUGUGGUCGACACAUUUGAGUGUUAAACUGGAACUUUGCGAAUAUUAAAUCUAAUCCAACAAAUCGGAUGUACUGUAUUGAUGCUUGUAUUCAUCAAUAAGGAAUUUAUUGUACAUUUUCAUCAGAUUAUUCAGUAAUAUGUUAUUGGGGAGUUUCAUGUUCUAAAAAUAAACCAAGUCUGAAGUCA